CUCGGCCGGCUCACUCCCCCUCGGGCCGCCGCCGCCGAGUCACCGACCGUGUUCGACGCGUGUCGCGUGUCGUGUCGCUGCCGUGUCGCUGCCGUGUCGCUCGCGUGUCCGCCGUGUCGCUGGACCGUCGCGAACCUCGAACAUCGGGGAUCCCCAACUCGAAUAAGCACCAUGGAUGACGACGAACAGAAAAUGGCAAUGCUGCGCAAAGCCUUCCAGAUGUUCGACACCACCAAGUGCGGCUCCAUCGAGACCAUCAAGAUCUCCACCAUCCUCAACACCCUGGGGCUGCUGUUCGACGACGGCGAGCUGCAGAACAUCAUCGCGGAGGUGGACUCGGACAGCGCCGGCAAAGUAAACUUCGAUGGGUUCUGCGAGAUUGCCGCCAACUUCCUGGAGGAGGAGGACAGCGAGGCGAUGCAGGAGGAGCUCAAGGAGGCCUUCAGGCUGUACGACAGAGAAGGCAACGGAUACAUCACCACCAAGACGCUGAAGGAGAUCCUCGCGGCGCUGGACGACAAGCUGGGCAAUGACGACCUCGACGGCAUCAUCCAAGAAAUCGACACGGACGGAUCGGGGACGGUCGACUUCGACGAGUUCAUGGAGAUGAUGACGGGAGAAUAGUUGGACUAGGCCGCCGAUCAUUCCCGCAGCCGUUGCAUGCCGCGUUGAUCAAGACGCGGAGAAGACAAACUACGAAAAGAGGGAAGACAGACCAAAGACCGCCAGAGGUGGCUUGAAGAGACGUGAGCCGUGGGAGCCUCCCAACCAACUGACCAAAUGAACUAAUUGCAAAUGCAUUUUGUACGUAAGAGCACGACUGUUCGAAAAUAAAUUAAAGCUAUUUUCGUAAUUAA